UUUAUGAAACAAAGAAAGCACUCAGACAGAAACUUAUUCGUCUAAGCGUUUAACACCCAAGUAAAAAGGUGUCCGAGUUGAAUCGGAGGAUGAAAUCAUUGACAUCAUGGGCACCAAACGCAGCGUUUUACGUUCAUCGUAAUCCGUAUCAGCAUCAACAUCUGAAACCCAAAAUAUCCCAUUUCUUAUAAGUCUUCUCUGUUUCUUCUUUUUCUACCUCCAUCCUUAGUUUUCUUUUUCAUUGUUUAACUUCCUAAUGCUAAGAGCUAUACAAAUUCUUGGUUGUUCAUCUGGGUUUAUCUCUCAAAGACUAAAAAAGCCUCAUUCUGGUAAUGGGUUUUCUUUAAUCCAUUCAAAAAGAAGCUACAGUUCAACUUCUUUGUCUCUGCGUCCUUUUUGGGCUCCGAAAUCUCGUUCUUUUAGAGUGAUUCGAAUGCUUUCGACUCAGUCCGAGUCCAACUCCGAUGCCCCUUCUUCCUCUUCUUAUUCGGUUGCAGUUCAUUCAGCCGGCAAUGUUCAUAAGAUCAAGUUCUGUCAGUGGUGUGGUGGCCUGGCGAAGCAUGAAAUACCUGAUGGAGAAGAGAAGAUAAGAGCUAUUUGCACUAUUUGUGGAAAAAUUGCCUAUCAAAAUCCAAAAAUGGUUGUGGGUUGCCUCAUCGAGCAUGAUAGAAAGAUCCUACUUUGCAAGCGAAACAUUGAACCAUCUUAUGGUCUUUGGACUCUUCCUGCUGGUUACCUGGAAAUUGGGGAGUCAGCUACAGAAGGAGCAAUCAGGGAAACUUGGGAAGAAGCAGGUGCUGAAGUGGAAGUGGUUUCACCUUUUGCGCAACUGGACAUUCCUCUUAUUGGACAAACUUACAUAAUCUUCUUGGCAAAGCUGAAGAAGCCCCAGUUUUCACCAGGACCCGAAUCAUCUGAGUGCUGUCUCUUUGAAUUGGACAAUAUUCCUUUUGAUUCUUUGGCAUUUUCUUCAAUUUUCGUGACCUUGAAUUUGUACAUUGAAGAUGUUAAAUCCGGAAAAAUAAAGUUUCACUAUGGUAUCAUUAACAAAAGGCUUGGGACAGGCCCGUCUGAUAUUCGUGCCUUUACACUUGACUAUCAUUUGCAGGUCUGACAUGCGGUUGAUUGCUCUGCUGCUUCUUGUCCAGUGCAUAAUAGUCUGUAAGGGUAAUAUACUGAAUAGCUGGGAGUGAAAUCCUUGUACUUUUACUUUCCUGAGAGAAAUUUGCUUGUCUGGUGCUGUAACUUCCAUUGAUAUUUGAGGUUUUCAAGUAAAAACUCCUUAUAAUUUAUGCUGCUGACAAAAUAAUAUCCGGAUGGCAGGAUGAGCUGCCAAUCAUGUAGUUUCAUUUUUCUUCUAGAAUUUUUAUGGUUGUACGUAUUGUCAUUCGUCUUUUAUUGCUUCUAAUCCGGUGAAGUUUAUUGUGGUAAUUAGCCUCCAGAUUCUCUGAGCUAAAAAUUUUAUUGAAUUGAGUCUCUUUUGCACUGGUAAACUUAUUUUUGAACUAUGAUCGAAUUUUGAGUUA